GGUGUAGUGUGCAUGUCUCAUUGGGGGCUGAAGGAGGAGACCUGAUCAUCAUCAGGAAAAAAAAUUAAGAGGGGGAAUCGUCCGGAAAAGAUAAGGCCCCUGCCACCGUUAGCUAGGAUUUUUAAUGUAGAUAGCAAACUCUGUCACUCGUAAUACUGCAUUAUUCGCUACAUGAUGAUCAGCAAAUUAUUGCUAUUUUAAACUGCAUUAGCUAGCAAUCUAGGUAGCUUUAGUACAGCUAGUUUGCUAGCCGUACUAGACCUUUAAAAAACAAAGGCGUGUUUUUAGAAUAUUUUUUCUUGCUUUACCUCGAUACAAGUUGGAAGGUUUAAAUCUAGCCGGGUAGCUCACUGACUAAUGGGCAAUUUUACAGGCGCGCUCGGUUGCUAUUUGGGCGUAUUUUGGGCUUGGUUCUUGGGCGGCUAGGCUAAAAGUAAGGAGACUGAACCGAUGUCGCGACAGCCCAGCUUGUCCCGCCGUCUUCGGCACCAGAGUUUCUGAGCGCAGAGGAGUGUCCGAAAGGGAGGUCGACCGCUACAGAAAGACAUAUUGCUUAGACUUUUUAACGGAACGGUAGAUGGCUUGCUAGCUAGUGCAUGUGACGGAAGCAAGUUAUCAGAAUAGAGCAACGGAGCGCAGACGCCGGGCCUCUUCUUUUCCCACUUAAACAUUGUCCCCGGUUCUCCCUCUUCGCGGUCGGCAGAGAUCCUUUCAGGAGACGUCGGUUUGUGGGGACUAGCCUAGCUACUUGAGAGCCAGGCCCCCACUCCCUCCAAGUCUCCUUGCUCUUUAUUCCGCUUUCCUGUUUCCGAAGGGGAGUCACUAUACUAAAAUUAAGUGUGGUGCGUUGCGUCCCGUUAAAAUCGGGCUUCUAAAAUACAAAGGUGAUGACUUUAGAGUCCAUGAUGGCUUGUUGCCUGAGCGAAGAGGCGAAGGAGUCGAAACGAAUCAACGCCGAGAUCGAUAAGCAGCUCCGCCGAGACAAGCGCGACGCGAGGAGGGAACUGAAGCUGCUUCUCCUCGGCACGGGCGAGAGCGGCAAGAGCACCUUCAUCAAGCAGAUGCGCAUCAUCCACGGCACGGGCUACACGGACGAGGACAAGCGCGGCUUCACCAAGCUGGUGUACCAGAACAUCUUCACCUCCAUGCAGUCCAUGAUCCGCGCCACCGAGAACCUCAAGAUCGGCUACAAGUACGAGGAGAACAAGUCCAACGCUAUGCUGGUGAAGGAGGUGGAUGUGGAGAAAGUGUCUGCCUUCGACCAUCCCUACGUCAACGCAAUAAAGAUGCUGUGGACCGACCCGGGCAUACAGGAGGCCUACGACAGGCGGCGAGAGUACCAGCUGUCAGACUCCACCAAAUAUUAUCUUAACGAUUUAGACCGCAUUACUUCGCCGGGGUACGUCCCCAACCAGCAGGACGUACUGCGGGUCCGAGUGCCCACUACCGGCAUCAUUGAGUACCCCUUUGAUCUGGAGAGUAUAAUCUUCAGGAUGGUGGACGUGGGCGGGCAGCGGUCCGAGCGCAGGAAGUGGAUCCACUGCUUCGAGAACGUCACCUCCAUCAUGUUCCUGGUGGCCCUGAGCGAGUACGACCAGGUCCUGGUGGAGUCCGACAAUGAGAACCGGAUGGAGGAGAGCAAGGCCCUGUUCCGGACCAUAAUCACGUACCCGUGGUUCCAGAACUCCUCCGUCAUCCUCUUCCUCAACAAGAAGGACCUGCUGGAGGAGAAGAUCAUGUACUCCCACCUGGUGGACUACUUCCCCGAGUUUGACGGCCCCCAGAGGGACGCCCAGGCGGCGCGGGAGUUCAUCCUGAAGAUGUUCGUGGACCUGAACCCCGACAGCGACAAGAUCAUCUACUCCCACUUCACCUGCGCCACGGACACCGAGAACAUCCGCUUCGUCUUCGCCGCCGUCAAGGACACCAUCCUGCAGCUCAACCUGAAGGAGUACAACCUGGUGUGAGAGAGACACUGCAGCCCACGCACAACACACACACACACGCGCGCACACGCGCACACACUCACACACACACACACACACACACACACACACACAGACACAACACCUGCCAGGUUAGGCCCGCCCUCUGCCCCAAUGUCCUCUUCCUGAUUUUCACGCCAGCUGAACGGCCCGGAGCUUGGUUGCCAGGCAACACUCCCGGGCUCCGCCCACCUCUCGCUCCUCGUCGUCCAAUCGGAAAAUCAAAGUCGCACCCGGUGUCAUAGCUUCAACCAGUGGGGCCCCUCUGCUCCUACGGCCUCGGGCCGGGUCUGAUUCAUGGUGAAAUUCCGCUCUGCCCCCCCUUUGAGAAGGAUUGGGGGGGGGGGGGGGCUUCCUGAUUUGGGAGCAGUGUGGGCAGACUGUUUGAAGCCGUGGCUGGCAGGAGGAGAAGGUGCAUUUUCAAAGGGCAGAGAGAAGCUGGCUUGAAAACUGGAAGAUGCCCCCCCCUCCCCUUCCUGAUGGUGGGGGCUGGGGGGGGGGGUGGGGGUCCCCAGGAGGAUUGUGGGUAACCUGGUACGCACAGUAGUGUAUGAAAAUCAUUUUAAAUGCGUGGAGGCAAUGAAGAAGCAUUGUGUUGGAGGGGUCAUCUCCGGGUGAUGAGGUGAAUUUCUUCCACACGUCUCUGCUGGGGCUAGACUUUACCUUGCAUUGUUGAAUGUAACUUUCAAGUCUAAGCGUAGAAAAUAACACACUCGGACCUAGAGAGAGAGGGGGAAGGAAAUGGAAAAUCAUUCAAAUCCUAUGUGUAUAUUGCUGACAAUUCUUUAAACAUUUAUAAUCAUUUUUACUAUUGCUACUAGUACUACUACUACUACUACUAUCAGAUAAACAGUAAAGGAAAUUAAAAUAACAGAAGACAAGAUA